CCAUGGAGUGGUACUAUAAUAGCCAGAAACUGGAAGAUGCUGCUGAUGGUGCCAUCGCCAUCAACCCUGGUUCCCUGCAGAGCAAUGCUCAGCAGUACACUCUGACAAUUACUGACGUUACUCCGCCUGACAAUACGGGGUCUUACAGCUGUGUUCUGUCGUUCACAGACGGGGACAGUCUGCGAGCAAGCACGGAGGUUGUGGUGCGAAAAUCAUCCUCAGUCGACAGAGCGGGCACUGCUGAAUCCACCAUAGUUGUAACUGGUGAUGACCUUUCUGCCAGAUGCCUUAUGGAAGGUGACAAGGUUCCCUCUGGAGUGACAUGGACUAAAGGUGGCGAUAACAUCGUGUUCGAUGGAUCCACUAAGAUAGAAAACACGAAUACCAAACAACUGGAAAGCAGCGUAAGGUUUUUCAGCAACAUAACUAUAAAAAGUUAUGACGAGGAUAGUUACAUCUGUAGCUUCAUUUUUGAGGACGGUAUUAAUGUGCAAUCAACAAUAGAGGUCGUGUCCGCUAAAAUUACCAACAAUGAAUGUGAGUUUGUGGACAUCCGAACCCACACCAGCAAGACCCUUACCUGUACUUACCAUGGUAGUAGUGCUGCCACUGCUGUUUCCUUUACUCGACCAGACGACUCAGUUGUUGCUGGAGUAUUGGCUGAAUUCAGCGCUGGAGGGGAUGCCAGUACGGCAGGUUCCCAAACGGGUAGUUACGCUGUAUCUAGUGUGAGUGAAGCGUCCAGUGGUUCGUACAAGUGUACCUUCACUUUAACAGGAGGGAAGACUGUGGAGUUCAUUCAGAGACUAACUGCAAGGAAGGCUGUCAUCGAAUCAUCAGCUGGUCUAAAUGCAGAUCUCAUCGUACAGGCUUCUAUAACUCUGACUUGUACCGUUACCUCUGGUGCACGGUCUUUGGACUGGUACAAGGGAGUGGCCAAGCUUAUCGAGGAGCAAGAUUACAAACGAAUAAAAGUGUCAGAAUCAGAUGACCUGGUUUCCAAAAUAACUUUUAACAUCGCUGACGACAGCGCAGGGUCAUACACGUGUCGUGCGGUGCAAUACGACAAUUUCUGCCCUACCGAGGAAAGGUUUGACUCGGAACCGGUUGCGGUGUCAAUCAUUGCGGCAGCUCUAAUAACAAACCCUGCUAGUGCCACCGCUUAUGGUGGUGCAAGCCACGUGUUUGAAUGCGUGUUCCCUAAUCCAUUCGGAACUGAUUAUAACGAAAUCACGUGGUCUUUCAAAAGUGCUGGGGAUUCUGUUGCUAGGCCGAUGAUAGGAAAUGGAGAUGUAUACAAUGACCAAAAUGAGAGAGUUAUCGAUGGAACAAAGGCAUCUGACAGCUCGGUUGCAAAUAAAAUCUCAACCACCCUCACCAUCGGAAGUGUAAACUCGGACGCAGCAGGAGAGUACAUCUGUUUCAUAAAGUGGGGAAGAAUAUUCAUCAAGUCCGCAGCCGCCACACUAAAAGUAAGAGAAAUAUCUUCUCCACCCGAAACAACCAACGUGGCCAAGGGAGGAGAGGCUAAGUUCACUUGUAAAACUUCCGGUGAUAGCGCAGCGUUAAUCACCUUUCACAAGACAAGUAGUGAUGAGUCAGUUGGUACAGUUGUUGUGACUCAAGCUACAUCUGGUGACAUUGUGACUACCACUGGAAUAUUGACCAUUGCUGGUGUCACAGCUACAGAUCAAGGUAUUGAGUAUUAUUGCAAAGCAGCUUGGGGUGAAAACACAGUGGAAUCAGGUAAGGUGUUCUUAUCUGUUUUGGAUAUAACGAGCUCAACAGAAACCGUGUGGGGCCUCGCUGGUUAUGUAGCGGAGUUCAAAUGUUAUUCAGAUGCUUUGCUCAAAGCAAACGCGAACGGCGAUCCGUAUUUGGUCAACAAGCAGAAGACAUACGCCGAUGCUCAAAUAAGUUGGGAGGUUUUUGACACUUCAGACACAUCCUGGAAAUCAACUGCUUCAAAUUCACGAUUCGUGGUUAAGACAUCGAUGAGAAGCAAUGAUGGAGUAAGUUUGUCUCCUAUGUCUCUCAAUAACCUGGAGGAAGGUGAUAACGAUCUGAAAGUAAGAUGUAACAUCGCCUACCAAACAGAUGCAGCCAACAACUUCUACGGAGGUACAGUCACCUCAGGAGAAUUGACCAUGAAGAUCGGUUCCAUCACAUCCUUCACUUCCUCUAAAUCUGACCCACUGGUUGGAGAAACCAUCACUCUAACCUGUACUGCAACCGGAGAAAUUGCUCCUACUUUCUCUUUUACAACCCACGGGAAGAACCAUUUCGACACUACCUUCUUUAAGUUGGUGAAGGCUGCAACUGUUACUUCAGUCGAUUCAGUACACACUGCGGAAUACACUACAGAGACUCUCAGGGUUAACACGAUGAUAAAUGGACAAGUUGUCAACUGUCUGGCUGACUACGGAUUAGCUCAGAAAACAGAGAAAGAAUUGACAGUCACAACAUAUUUCAAAUGUGCUGAUGUCACAUGGAAAUCAUUAAAUCCAGAUGGAAAUGGAGCGACAAUAGCAGAGGAAGAUCUUGGUGAUGGUUCUCUGAAGCAGACUAUAACUUGCCCUGUUAACUCAGACCAAGCUAGAAUUGAAUUAGUUACCCCGCUUGGCUCGGCUGCAGCAAUAACUUGCACCAAGGAGACGGGAAUGUAUGACAACUACCUUGCCCGGUGCAAAGAAACAAACCCAUUGUCCACCGGUACGGGAAUACAGAAUAUGGUUGUUGCAAACAGCGCAGAGCAGCCAGCGCCUUGCACUGCUGAAGCAACUGGGGAAUAUUCGAUUGCAAUAAUGAAAGAAAAACUGAACUCACCGAACGAUGUUUUUUGUGGUAUUAGACAUCAAGUUACUUGCUUGGGUGACGGAACGUGUACUCUGGAUACAGACAAAACAGAUUGUCGUUACGAGGACGGCAAGGUGAUUAUAGAGUACUUUGUUAACUUGACACCUGGUGUUUGGACUCUCGCUGAGAGACAUCCUCUCAUAGUAUUGAAAGAUACAAUUCAGUUCUGGAGCUGUUCAAACGAUUAUAAUAAAAGGUAGUUAUUAAAAAAGUUAUUAUUUAUAUUAAAAAAGUUAUUAUAUUUAUAUAUAAAUAUGAGUUUAUUUUAAUGGUGUGGACUGUUUAUUUGAGUUUCUAUUAAUGGUGUGGACUGUUUAUUUGAGUUUCUUUUAAUGGUGUGGACUGUUGAUAUGAGUUUAUUUUCAUGGUGUGGACUGUUUAUAAAUACGAGUUUCUUUAAAAAAGAUUACUUGAUAGUUUUUCGUUGUUCCCUGGUGCAUAGUUGAAAUUUUUGUUUUAAUGAACUUUAUAAAGCUCCAAUGAUUAAAAUAAUCGUUUCGUCCUCUAGGCAAAAUUUUCACAAAAUUUUCAAAUGUCCAGUUGAUAGGAUAGUUUGACUAUGAUUAAUGUAUGACUAUUAUCUACAUAAUAUUGAACAACUUAGAUCAUAGAGAAACUGAUCUUCUCUCUCUUAAAUCAACCACUUGCUAUGAUUAAAGGAAUUUUCAAAUCAACACUCAAACAGUCCUUACUUUUUAAUGUGAGCCGAGCCAUUAUCAUAUUUAUAAUGCUCGCAAUAUAUGUUAAUCAUGAUUGUAUUGCUUUUCUUC